AUGUAGAUGCCUUGCGUUUGUUUGAAUCUUGUUUUGUUUUGAUUUGACUUAGUGAUGAAGAUACAGAUCUUAAUUCUCUGAUAAAGUCUUGGCUAAGAAGUCAGCCAGAAGAGUAUAGAUACAACCUUGAAAAUUGGAUUGGGGACUAUUUCCAAAAGGCCUUAAACUGGGUUGUGAAGAAGAAUGACUCGGUGGUAGAAACAAGUUUAGUUGGCACUGUGAUGAAUGGGCUGUCUCAUCUUCAUGGGUGUACUGAUCGUGGACAGUUUAUUAUUAACUUGUUACGUGGUCUUGGUGGCAAUCUCAACAUGAAAUCACGACAGGAAUUUGCAAAAGAGGUCUUUAGCUGGGCACAAGAAUCUCCACCAGAUCCGAGGAAGCCCCUUGACACAUAUUAUGACACUGCUACUGGACAGCUAAUGCUAUAUCAGCUGAAAAGACCUGAAAAUCUAACAGCUGAUGACUUCAGUAAUCUCCAAAAACUUCCCGUGAUCGAAACCCCAGACAUGCAGAGAGGUUUAGAUUAUUUUAGACCAUGGCUAGACUUCAACAAUAAGCAGCCAUUUCUUCUUGUGGGUCCUGAAGGAUGUGGAAAGGGGAUGCUUCUUCAUUAUGCAUUUUCUCAACUCCGAUCCACUCAGAUUGCUACCAUUCACUGCAGUGCACAAACUACUUCUCAACAUCUUCUACAAAAAUUAAGUCAAACUUGCAUUGUAAUCAGCACAAAUACUGGGCGAGUAUACAGACCAAAGGACUGUGAAAGGCUUGUUUUGUACUUAAAGGAUAUUAAUCUACCCAAACCUGAUAAAUGGGGAACAAGCACUCUUGUAGCUUUUCUACAGCAGGUUCUUACAUAUCAAGGAUUUUAUGAUGAAAAUCUGGAAUGGGUUGGUUUAGAAAACAUCCAAAUUGUGGCCUCUAUGUCUGCUGGAGGAACAUUAGGAAGACAUAAGCUUACCUCCAGAUUUACUUCUAUUGUUCGUCUGUGUGCAAUUGACUAUCCGGAACGAGACCAACUGCAAACUAUUUAUAGUGCCUACUUGGAACCUGUUCUACAGAAAAACCUAAAGAAUCACCCAGUUUGGGGUUCUUUACCAAAAAUACAUCAGCUAGCAGGAUCUAUGGUUCAAGUAUAUGAACAGGUACGAGCGAAAUUCACCAUUGAUGAUCACAGUCAUUACCUUUUUACACCAUAUAUUCUUACUCAGUGGGUUCUUGGUUUAUUCAGAUAUGAUUUAGCAGGUGGAUCAUUGAUCCAAACUGCAGACCAUGUACUGGAAAUUGUUGCUUAUGAAGCACGUCGUUUGUUCCGUGACAAAAUUGUUGACAUGAAGGAACUUAAUGUAUUUGAUAAUAUUUUGAUGAAAGUGUUUCAAGGUGAUUGGGGCUCAGAUGUUCUGGACAAUAUGGCAGAUAUUUUCUAUGUAACCUGGGGAGCUUGUCAAGAGGCAUUCAUCACACCAGGACAGGCACUACCACCACAUGGGAGGCCACUUGGCAGACUGAGCUCAACAGACCUGAAAGAUACCAUUCAAAAAGGUAUUAUUCAUUAUGGGCGAGACAAAAAAGAGAUAGAGAUUUUACUGUUCCAAGAAGUCCUCAGUUAUGUGUCUAAAGUGGACAGAGUGCUAAGUUUUCCUGGAGGAUCACUUCUUUUGGCAGGACGGAGUGGUGUAGGUCGUCGAACAGUUACCUCUUUAGUUAGUCAUAUGCACGGAGCUGUUCUGAUUACUCCCAAAAUUUCCAGAGGCUAUGAGCUGAAGCAGUUCAAAAAUGAUCUUAAACAUGUGAUGGAGCUUGCAGGUAUUGAAGCACAGCAGGUGGUAUUGCUGCUUGAAGACUAUCAGUUUGUUCAUUCCACAUUCCUUGAGAUGAUCAAUAGUUUACUGUCUUCAGGAGAAGUUCCUGGGCUAUAUAAAACAGAAGAAUUAGAACCAUUACUAUCUCCUCUGAAGGAUCAAGCUUCGCAAGAUGGAUUUACAGGACCGGUUUUCAACUAUUUCACAUACCGGAUCCAACAAAAUCUGCAUGUUGUCUUAAUCAUGGAUUCUACCAAUUUAAAUUUCACAAUAAACUGUGAAAGUAAUCCAGCACUGUACAAGAAAUGUCAGGUUUUGUGGAUGGAAACCUGGUCAGAAAACAGUAUGAGAAAGAUACCUGAAAUGCUUCUGUAUGAUGCAGAUGAACAAGAAAAAAAUGGAAAAGAACCUAAGGAACUUAAGAAAAAAAAAUCAGGUGACUCUGAUUUUUUGAAGUCAUUUCUGGCAAUCCAUGAAUCAUGUAAAAUGUAUGGAGCAACACCUAGCAAGUAUAUGACAUUCCUUCGUAUCUACAGUGCCAUCAAUAAUAGUAAAAGGAGAGAGCUAAUAAAAAGGCAGAACCACCUGCAGGCGGGUGUCUCAAAGCUGAAUGAAGCUAAAGCCCUGGUAGAUGACCUCAACAGAAAAGCUGGAGAGCAAAGCAUUUUACUCAAAACGAAGCAGGAUGAGGCUGAUGCUGCCCUUCAAGAAAUUACAGUAUCUAUGCAGAGUGCUAGUGAGCAAAAAACAGAAAUGGAAAAAUUAAAACACCGAAUAGCAGAGGAGGCUGCAGAAAUAGAAGAAAGAAAAAGAAAAAUAGAAGAUGAACUAAAAGAGGUUCAGCCACUGGUUGAUGAAGCUAAAUUAGCAGUUGGAAACAUAAAGCCAGAGUCCUUGUCAGAAAUCCGGUCACUCCGCAUGCCCCCGGACAUAAUCAGAGACAUACUAGAAGGAGUUUUACGGCUGAUGGGGAUUUUUGAUACGUCAUGGGUGAGCAUGAAAAGUUUCUUGGCCAAAAGAGGUGUGAGGGAGGACAUAGCAACCUUUGAUGCCCGUAACAUCCCAAAAGAAAUACGAGAGAGUGUUGAAGAACUUCUUUAUAAAAACAGAACGUCUUUUGAUCCAAAGAAUGCAAAACGAGCCAGUGCUGCAGCUGCUCCGUUGGCUGCUUGGGUGAAUGCCAAUGUCCAGUAUUCCCAUGUCCUAGAAAGAAUUCAGCCUUUGGAAAAAGAAAAGGCUGGCUUGGAAGCUAAUCUCAAGAAAACGGAAGAGAGAAAACAGAAGUUAGAAAAUCUUCUGAACUCUGUUGGUCAAAAAGUAUCAGAACUGAAAGAUAAGUUCCAGAGUAGAACAACAGAAGCAGCAAAACUUGAAGCAGAACUAAGUAAAGCUCAGAAAAUACUGAAAGCUGCGGAGGUACUGAUAAAUCAGCUUGAUAGGGAACACCAAAGAUGGAGCACGCAGGUGUCAGAGAUAACAGAUGAACUGGCUACGUUGCCUAAAAGGGCUCAGUUGGCAGCUGCGUUUAUUACCUAUCUGUCUGCUGCUCCUGAGGAUCAGAGGAAAACCAGCUUGGAGGAAUGGACCAAAUCAGCAGGCCUUGAAAAGUUUGAUUUACGGCGGUUCUUGUGUACAGAAAGUGAAGAGUUAGUCUGGAAAAGUGAAGGUUUACCUUCAGAUGACCUUUCAAUCGAAAAUGCUCUUGUCAUCUUGCAGAGUAAAGUUUGCCCAUUUUUGAUAGACCCUUCUUUCCGAGCUACUGAAUGGUUGAAGACGCAUUUGAAGGAAUCGCGUUUGGAAGUUAUUAACCAACAGGACACCAACUUCCUAACAGCCCUUGAGCUGGCAGUGAGAUUUGGGAAGACACUUAUUAUACAGGAAGUGGAUGGAGUGGAGCCUGUACUAUACCCAUUGCUACGAAGAGAUCUUGUUGCUCAAGGGCCCCGCUAUGCCAUACAAAUAGGUGAAAAGAUGGUCGAUUAUAAUGAAGAGUUCCGUCUUUUUCUGUCGACAAGGAACCCAAAUCCCUUAAUUCCACCCGAUGCUGCUUCUCUUGUUACAGAAGUAAACUUUACCACAACAGGAAGUGGCUUAAGAGGACAGCUUUUGGCUUUAACUAUUCAGCAUGAAAAGCCUGAUUUGGAAGAGCAGAAGACAAAACUGUUACAACAAGAAGAAGAUAAGAAGAUACAGUUAGCAAAGCUUGAGGAAACUCUCUUGGAGACACUUGCAACAUCCCAAGGCAAUAUACUAGAAAAUAAGGAUCUGAUUGAAUCUUUGAAUCAGACUAAAGCAAGUAGUGCACUCAUCCAAGAAUCACUUGCUGAAUCUCACAGACUUCAGAGUUUCCUUGACAAGGAGAGGGAUGCCUAUCUCCCUUUAGCUGAGAGUGCUAGCAAGAUGUACUUCAUUAUUUCCGACCUGUCCAAAAUGAAUGCUAUGUACCGGUUUAGUUUGGCGGCUUUCCUGCGGCUUUUCCAAAGAGCUCUGCACAGCGAGCAGAAUUCAGAUAGUACUGAGGAAAGAAUCAACUCCCUCAUUGACUCAUUGAAACAUACAGUGUAUGAGUAUGUUUGUCGCUGUUUGUUUAAGGCUGACCAGCUAAUGUUUGCUCUUCAUUUUGUGCGAGGGAUGUACCCUGAACUUUUUCAAGAGAAUGAAUGGGAGACUUUUACAGGUGUGAUCACUGGAGAUACCAUACGAAAAUCAGAUUCACAAAGAAAUGUUCGUGAGCAGAUUCCCUCUUGGAUAGAACAGGACCGAGCCUGGGCAGUAGCAUCUUUGAAGAUUUCUCUCCCAGGUCUCUAUCAGACACUUUGCUUUGAAGAUGAAGGUCUGUGGCAGACUUUCUCUCAGAGCUCUGUGUGUGAGCAAGACUUUCCAUCUACUAUUGUGAAAAGGAUUUCCUUAUUUCAGCAGGUGCUUGUGGUCCAGGCUGUCCGACCAGACAGGCUACAGAGUGCCAUGUCUCUUUUUGCAUGUAAAACCCUAGGAAUAAAAGAAUUAUCUCCAUUACCUCUGAAUUUGAAACGGCUGUUUAAAGAGACGCUGGAAAUUGAGCCCAUACUGAUAAUUAUUUCUCCUGGUGCUGAUCCCUCUCAAGAGUUGCAAGAACUUGCCAGUGUUGAAAGAAAUACUGAGUGCUACCAUCAGAUUGCAAUGGGCCAAGGCCAAGCUGACCUGGCUAUUCAAACUUUAAAAGAAUGUGCAGGCAAUGGAGAAUGGCUGUGUUUGAAGAACCUGCAUCUUGUUACGUCUUGGCUUCCUGUACUGGAAAAGGAACUGAAUACAUUACAGCCUCAACCAAACUUUCGCCUUUGGCUUACUACUGAAGUUCACCCAAAAUUUACUCCAAUUUUGCUUCAAUCAAGUCUGAAAAUAACUUAUGAAGCACCUCCAGGCCUCAAAAAGAAUCUCUUGAGAACCUAUGAAUCUUGGACACCUGAGCAAAUUAAUAAAAAGGGAAAUUUGUCUCGAGCACAUUCUCUCUUUUGCUUAGCGUGGUUUCAUGCUGUAUGCCAGGAAAGAAGAAAUUAUAUCCCCCAGGGUUGGACCAAAUUUUAUGAGUUUUCUUUAUCUGAUCUCCGUGCUGGUUUUGACAUUAUUGAUAGUCUGUUUGAAGGUUCCAGAGAUUUUCAGUGGGAAUUUGUGCACGGCUUGUUUGAAAACGCAAUUUAUGGGGGCCGUGUAGACAAUUACUUUGAUAUGAGGGUUCUUCGGUCCUACUUGGAGCAACUUUUCAAUUCACAAGUCAUUGGCGGUUUAAAUGCUAGAGGCAAGAGGAUGACAACUUUCCCGUGUUCGAUCUCUUUGCCCAAUUCCUGCAGUAUUUUGGAUUAUCGUCAUAUUAUUGAAAGCCUUCCAGAAGAUGACAAACCUGACUUCUUCGGCCUGCCUGCUAAUAUUGCUUGUUCGUCACAACGUAUGAUCAGUUCCCAGGUCAUUUCACAGCUUCGGAUCCUGAGCAGGUCAGUAACUGCUGGCUGCAAAUUCGACAGGGAGAUCUGGUCUGCUGAACUUUCUCCUGUUCUCAACCUAUGGAAGAAACUAAAUCAGAAUUCUAACCUGAUUCAUCAGAAGGUGUCUCCUCCUGUGGAGCAACAGGAAUCUCCAAUCCUAUCAUUCAUUUACCUGGAACAAUUCAAUGCCAUUCGCCUUGUGCAAAGUGUCCAUCAGUCCCUUGCUUCUUUAAGUAAAGUCAUCAGAGGUACCUCAUUACUGAGUUCUGAAGUACAAAGACUAGCAAGUGCUCUGCUAAAUCAGAAGUGUCCUGUCACAUGGCAAAGCAAGUGGGAAGGUCCAGAAGAUCCUUUACAGUAUCUUAGGAGUCUUGUAGCUCGAGCACUUGCUAUACAGAAUUGGGUAGAAAAAGCCGAGAAACAGAAACUACUGUCAGACACCCUUGACCUUUCAGAGUUAUUUCAUCCAGACACAUUUCUCAAUGCCUUACGCCAGGAGACUGCAAGACUAAUCAGCUGUUCAGUGGACAGUCUUAAAUUUACAGCAUCAUGGAAAGGGCGAAUACAGGAAGGCAAACUCCAAGUUAAGAUCAGUGGCUUACAACUGGAAGGCUGCAGUUUUGAUGGAAAUCGACUUUCAGAAAAUCUGCAUGAUUCUCCCAGUGUGUCGUCUGUUCUCCCUUGUUACAUGGCCUGGAUUCCACAGGCUGCAUAUGGCCCCUAUUCUCCAGAGGAAUGCAUAUCUUUACCAGUCUACACUAGCGUGGAGAGAGACCAUGUGGUGACAAAUAUUGAUGUACCUUGUGGAGGAAACCAGGACCAGUGGAUUCAGUGUGGAGCUGCUUUGUUUUUAAAAAAUCAGUAA